GCGUGGUUACCCCUCCCCUUUGCUUUAAUGUCUGCUUGAUCUUCUUCUCUCUCUCUGUGUCUUUAGGAUGAGUGAUAUGGAUCAGAGGAGAGAGGUGUGGGAUGGUAAGGUCCCAGUCUCGUUCAUACUCUCCCAGCAAGAGCUGCAGCAGGCCGGGGGGACAACAAUACCAGAACCCGUGUUUAUGUUACUGCCAAGAGUGUCCUAUUUCCCUUUGGUUUAUGAUAAACUAGUCAAGCUGUAUGCUCGGGCAGUCAGUGCUUCAUUAGAUGAUAAGAUAUGGCUCUCCUAUGGGCCGUCACCUCUCAAGUGGCACUAUCCUGUUGGCAUAUUGUUUGAUCUUUUUGCAAGAAGUACCGAGUUGCCGUGGGAGAUUACCGUCCAUUUUAAAGAUUAUCCGACUGACGAUAUACUGAUAUACGAAGGUAAGGAGGCACUUGAAGGACAUUUUCUAUCAAAAUUGAAAGAAGCGGACUGGUUGAAGCACGGAGCUAAAGUUAUCCAACAGUUCACGCCAUCUGAGUUUGGGAAACUGUGGCAAAGUAUAUCACAGCAUCACUUUGAAGAUUUCUGGUCAGUGAAUCAAAAGCUAAUGCUUAACAUCAAAGGAGAGAUGGAGCCUUUUAAAUUCGUACCAUUUAGUAUUUACAGAGAAGGGAAGAGAUUGUACCAAGGUUUAAUAGCUAGUCAAGAUACAACUUUUGGUGACGUAAUGAAUCUUUACCAGAAAGAAUUCCCAUCAGCAUCACUAGCUGACCAUCAGUUCCUACUACAUGGUAUUGAGAUACCAGCUGUAGCUCAUCUCCAGUGGGUCUCAGAACAUUUAUCCUAUCCAGACAACUUUCUACACAUAGUACUCACUCGUAAAACCUAGCUAAGAUGUAUUAUUAUUAUUAUUAUUAUUAUUAUUAUUAUUACUUUUUAUUUCUUUUGGCGGGUCGGUGAGCGGCUGGCUGUAAUUAUUAUUUGUUUGUUUUUUAUUUUAUAAUUAUUUUGUGAUAAAGAGAAGCAAACUUAAAAACAAGAUCACGUAUAAUUU